AAUAAAUAUAAAUAACAAACAAAACAAACUGAACUGAAAUGAACUAAACUAGUCAUUCAUUCGUCAUCGUCAAUCGUAGUUGCUUUGUUCCACAGAAUAUUGUGAAGUUACCAUACGCUCUUGAACAAAACAAAGUGAUACUUCUUCAUAAUUUGUAUUUAGACCUUUGUGUAUUGUUCUUACAAGUUUAACUUAACUUAUUAACUUAUUGUGAUAGUGAUUUUGUGAUCUCUUGUGUUUUAUUUUGAUACGGUGUUUGAUCCAGUUUAUGUGGUUAUGUACCUAUGCCAGACAAAAUCAGUACAUUUGUUGCCUUAAAAUGUAAACAACCGACUGUAAUUUGCAAAGAAAAUAAAGAUAGAUCAGGCCCUACAUAGAAUCAUAGUUGAGUUUUAUGGAAGAACCGAAAACAGGCAACAUUAUGGACUCGGUUUCGAGUGGUCUAGAUCAGCUAGGCUCUCUAUUUUCGAUUAAAAAUUCCAUUGAGGAGUCUGAAGUUUCUAAAAUCUUGGAAGAACAUCAAUGGAUUGCUGCCCUAAUAACAGUUCUGUUGAUGGUGAUAACGACCACUCUUAUUUGGAGAAAAUGGAAAAACAAAGAAUUGUUGCCAGAAGUGAAAGAGCUUGUUGGAGUUUCGACUCGACCUCGGUUUCGGAAGAGAGACAAAGUUCUAUUCUACGGUCGGAAGAUAAUAAGGAAAGUAAAGUCAUUCUCGGGAACCGUUCAUGGGGUGCAGGGGAGGAAACGCAAGUUGGUGAUGAAGUUCGCCCGUCGUCUGCUGCAGAUGAGAAAAGAUAAUGUCCCGCAGCAACUCAAGGUACUGGAACCUCCGGCAGAGUAUCUCCAGGAGGAUAUCUCCAGCAAAGACGAGAGAGUUCCCCCAGACGCGUUCUAUAUGCUUCAAAGCAUUCGAAUCUUUGGACAUUUUGAAAAACCCAUUUUCCUCAAGCUGUGUAAACACACGGAAAUCUUGAAUUUGCCUGCUGGUGCCUAUCUGUUUAAAAUAGGUGACCAAGAUGAGAAUGUUUACGUGAUCCAGAACGGUAGAUUGAACGUCUACAUCACGGGCACGGAUGGAGAACAGAUUUCUCUCAAAAUAGUCAAAACUGGAGAUUCUGUCAUCUCUCUGUUGAGCUUUACUGAUGUCUUGACUGGCCACCCUAAACCAUACAAGACAGUAUCAGCUAGAGCUAUGGAGGAUUCCACGGUGGUCCGGUUACCAAUGUCUGCAUUUCAGGAGGUGUUCAAGGAGUUUCCGGACACGUUUAUACGUGUGAUGCAGGUCAUCAUGGUGCGUCUUCAGAGAGUUACCUUUACUGCUCUUCACCAACAUCUGGGUCUGAGCGCAGAACUUGUGAACCCUGGAACCCAAAGAAAAAAAACUAGUCCUUUUACCCAGUCACCCGUCAAAUCAAAACCCAAGUCCAGAACUGAUCUCCUAGAUUACACAGAUCCUGUUACCAGGGAUGACAUUGGUGUUGGUGGUGUGCCAAUAAGUCAGCAAGUCACUCCCACUGAGUCCGAGAGUCAGCCAAUACCAAUACUUAGUCAGCACCGCAGGUCUCGCUCUGGUAUGGAGAUCCGCUUUGCCUCUCAACAGCCGGACAUCAUGCCUGACUUUGACCUUUACUCGCACUCACAGGCGACUCCAGACUUGCAGGCAGGCCUGGGCAGUAGUGGUGGACGUAAACGCUCACAGCAGGUGGACAACUACGACGAGGAGACUCUGAUACGCAUCGCGACGGACGCGUUUGUGCGAGAACUCGGCCUGCAAGAUGACACACUGCUGCAGGGAGGCAAAAUAGAGAUGAGGGAGGUGCCAGCUGGAACUUACCUCAUGAAAGAGGACUCCCACAAGGAUGUGGCUCUAGUGUACGUGUUGGCAGGCAGUCUGGCCGUAUCGCAGAAGACAGCUGAUAACCAGGAGGAGGUGCACAUGUUCAAUGCGUACCCCGGGGCGGUGGUGGGGGGGCUGGCCGUACUCACUGGCGAACCCAGCUUCUUCACCAUCCGCGCUAAGCACACCUGUCGUAUCGCACUGCUGUCCAAGACCACAGUCUACGGUAUCCUAUGUGAAAAGCCGGAGGUGGUUCUGCACAUCGCACACACUGUAGUCGACCGUCUCUCUCCGUUUGUGAGACAGGUAGACUUCGCUUUAGACUGGGUAUUCUUCGAAGCCGGUCGUGCCGUCUAUAGACAGGGGGACGAGUCAGACAGUACAUUCAUAGUUCUCAGCGGCCGGCUCAGGUCUGUAAUCACGCACAAAAAUGGCAAGAAACAGCUGGUCACAGAGUACGGCAAAGGUGACUUAGUGGGCAUUGUGGAGAUGGUGACUGGCACUCACCGAGGGACCACAGUGAUGGCCAUCAGAGACUCUGAGCUGGCCAAGCUACCUGAGGGGCUGUUCAAUGCUAUCAAACUGAGGUACCCCAUAGUGGUCACCAGGCUGAUCAAUAUACUGGGCCAUCGGAUACUGGGAUCUUGGCAGAAUCCAUCAAGUGGGUUUUUAGACAGAGGAGCCGUGGAUACGAGAAUGUCCCAGCACAACUUUACAACUGUGGCAAUAGUGCCAGCGUCUGACGAUGUACCUUUGACUGCUUUCACCUAUGAACUUUACCACUCCCUUUGUGCAAUUGGCCCCAGCAUAAGACUGACUUCUGAGAUAGUACGUAAGACUUUGGGUGCCACGAUAAUGGACGCCAGCAACGAGUACAGACUGACAUCGUGGCUGGCCCAGCAAGAAGACCAGAACAACAUCGCGUUGUACCAGUGUGACAUGACGAUGACGGUUUGGAGUCAGAGAUGUAUCAGACAAGCGGACUGUGUGCUGAUAGUAGGUCUGGGUGACAGAGACCCGGCACUAGGCAGAAUAGAGAAGGAGGUGGAGAGGAUGGCUGUGAGGACACAGAAGGAGCUGGUGUUGCUACACAGAGACGACUGUGCUCAGCCUCAUAACACUGUAGAGUGGCUCAACAUGCGCAGCUGGAUAUCAUCCCACCAUCACAUACUGUGCAACAAGCGCAUGUUCAGCCGCCGCAGCCAGUACAGAAUUAAUGAGUUGUACAGCAAGGUGCUGAUGUCUGAGCCCAACAUUCACUCGGACUUCUCACGGUUGGCACGUUGGCUGACAGGCAACUCGGUGGGGCUGGUGCUGGGCGGAGGUGGUGCUCGAGGAGCGUCUCAUGUCGGGAUGAUCAAGGCCAUACAGGAGGCUGGGAUUCCCAUAGACAUGGUGGGAGGUGUCAGCAUCGGAGCUUUCAUGGGAGCCUUAUGGUGUUUGGACCGCAACAUCGUAACAAUGACACAAAAAGCCAGAGAAUGGUCUAAGAAUAUGACUCAGUGGUGGAAACAGUUGAUGGACCUAACCUACCCGUCCACAUCUAUGUUCAAAGGCUCGUAUUUCAACCAGACGAUCUACGGAACGUUCGGCGACACUUACAUUGAGGACCUGUGGCUGCCGUACUUCAACAUCACCACGGACAUAACUGCGAGCACAAUGCGGAUACAUACACACGGAGGGAUGUGGAGGUACGUGAGGGCUAGUAUGACGUUUGCUGGUAUCUUCCCCCCUUUGUGUGACCCAGUAGACGGACACCUGCUCAUAGAUGGCUGUUACAUCAACAAUGUACCAGCUGAUGUAAUGAAGCGGAGAGGUGCCAAGUACAUCCUGGCCAUCGACGUCGGCUCACAGGACGACACAGAUCUGACCAACUACGGAGACGACCUGAGUGGCUGGUGGCUGCUGCUCAAGAGGCUCCCCUUCACCUCUCCUGUCAAAGUGCCUAACUUGCCUGACAUACAGUCCCGGCUGGCCUACGUGUCCUGCGUACGACAGCUGGAGGAGGUUAAGAACAGUGACUACUGUGAGUACAUUCGUCCACCGAUUGACAAGUACACAACUCUGCAGUUUGGUGCUUUCGAUGAAAUAAAGGACGUAGGCUACAACCACGGGAAAACGUUCUUCGCCGGGAUGAUGAAGGGCGGGGGCCACUCAUCUCUGCCUUACCUCAAGUCCCCCGACGUUCUCAAUGUCAAGGGGGAGAGGAAACUCGCCUCCAAGGAGUCAAACACUUACACGUUCACAGACCUGGCUCAGAUGGUGUGCAAAGUGCAGCGGAAAACCUACUUUGGCGAGAGUGAAUCGUCGGAUGAGGAUUAUGAAGCAGAUGAAGAGGACACACAGGAGGUCGGUUAUGCAUCCGAGCCUUCAGGAACCAUUCUUGAUCCAAAUCCUUUGAUGAGAAGAAGAACCGGAGGUUCGUUGUCCCUCUCUGAAAACGAACUGGAAUCAGAAAAUGAAUUCUAUCCAAGGAAAUCUAGAGUGCCAUAAAGUAACAUAGUAUCUCAUUCAUUCAAUUGUAAAUUUGUACAAUAUUAUGUAAUUUAAUUCAUGUAAAAAGUAGAACAUUUGUUAUGUUUUGUGUAUAAAACAGUUUUGUAGAAA